AUGUCUACCCUCUAUGAUCCUGAGCCGAACGAUGGCUCCUUUCAAUACAGCUAUCAAGUCGAUCAUCAUGACAUCAAGGCUUCAUCGCCAAAGAAGGGAGGGCCUGUGACAGUCUUGCCGCUUCCGCGUCGCCCGAACAGUGUGUUGACUGAGGUUCAGCGGGGAAUGGCCAGUCUCGACAAUAUCCACAAGCAUGUCGCCGAGAUGUCUAUGCGCAGUCGGCAGAGUUCAUUCGAUCGAUGCGAGAGUCGGGGAUCGAUCCUUGAUUCCCCAAUGUCGACCUGUAGCACGCCGAAUUUGGAGAAGGAGAUUCAGAAAAACGUGAAAGUAAUGGCGCGACUCCAGCAUGGACUCGAGGAACGCCUACAUCGACAGCAACACCAACAAGUACAGCAGUAUCAACAGCCACCGCAACAUCGAGAUGUCCCACGUCCUGAGCCCGUGCUCCCCGAAGACUCGCACUAUUACGUCAGGCCCCCAUCCGAAAUCACCAUGCCAAUCCGUUCAGCCCGUUCCGAGCGAAUCGAAGUGCAACGGGCCAAGCCCAGGGACGAGCGCCCGCCUAUGACUUACCCGUCGUCAUCGGAUGUCCAUAACAAGACUGUCCCUCGACUCGAUGCUGAAGAUGAACAAAAACCCCGGACGGGAGGGCUCGUGUUUGAAAUUGCGAAGAAUGGACGAGAACCAUCGACACGAAUGGCGGAUCUGCCGCGUAUCUGCUCGGACAGCGGAUUGAACCGGAAGAAGACGACGGCCUCUUCUGCCCCUCGAAUCGAGAGAAUUGUCAUGAAUGAUCGAUCCAUGCAGGCAACGGCCGACAAAACGGGUGUCUCGUCGAUGCCUGGUCAUCUGGAGUACAGUACCCAUCAACCAUCCAUCACAAUCCCCCCGUUCGAGCAGUUGUGCGGUGGCAAUGUCAAAAAAUCAUCUUCACUGCCUGUAUUGCCCCGUCAGCCAUCCGCUUCUUCCUCCUCAGCUGGUCGUGAUCUUUUUGGCGCUCCAAUGGAUGUGGACGCCAUCCCGAAGAAAAAGCGAUUUCCGGAGAGUACUAAGGCAACCCUUGCCGGUGUCCGUUUCCGGGAGACAAUCCAAGAAGAGAGGCGUCGUACCCUCAAUUCCGCUCGAAAAACGACCGCCGCCAAACUGAAGCCGGCGCGCAAAUCCGUCUCGGCCUCGCCGAAGCAGCGCACCGUCCCUUUUCUCGUCACUUCUAAUAACACGCAAACGUCGUAUUCUUUUGACGCGAACCGCCAGCAAGUGCUCGCCCUUCUCAAGCAGUACUUCCCGUCGAAUGCCGCUUUGCGCCACAUCAUCAGCUCGACGGUCCCGUCGACUCGAGACAAUAUUCUCCGUCCAUUCACCCGGAUAUGCCGACAAGAAAUGGAAGAAUUGGAUGAGAAAUACAAGGCCGAAUACGAAGAAUGGCUGAAAACGGAGGAUUUCGAUGAAAAGAUACGGCUCGAUCAUUUGAUGGAUAGGCAGGAGAGGGAAUACGAUAAAUUGAGGGCCCUGCUCGAUAAGACAGAAUGGCUGUCGGGCCCUUCUCGGCCCCUGUCAACGCAUACGGAUAAUGGAGGGAUUGUUCAUCAACUGAAAACCAUUCAACUGGCCAUCCAGGCCGCCUUUGCCAUCACUGCA